UGUAGCUGUUCGGGCAGAGAGCGCAGUGCAUUGGAUCCAGCAUGCAGUGUUUUGAGGUGCUUCAGCUCACACACUACGUUGGGCAGGCUGUACAGGCAGUUGGAUUCAAUCCAUAAAGUCUUGAGGUUUUGGAGCUGAUGCAUUUCUGCAGGAUUCCACUAGUUCAGUUUAAUUCUAUCCAAACUGUACUUCGAAAAAGAGGAGAACUGGAGCAAUUUUGGAGGAAUAAUUUACCUGAACAUUUUGCUCAGAAGUACCAUCCUUGCUUUCCAUCUGAUAUUUUUUUGUCCAUGAGAAUUGCAAAGGAAAAGCUUCAUAAUUACAUGAAUGCCCAAUACUACGGAGAAGUGAGCAUUGGCACCCCCCCACAGAAAUUCUAUGUCAUAUUUGACACUGGAUCUGCUGAUCUUUGGGUACCAUCAAUAUAUUGCAUGAGUGAUGCUUGUUUAAAACACAACAAAUUCGAGUCGUUUCUGUCACAUUCCUAUCAAUAUGGAGGGCGACAAUUUUCUCUGCGAUAUGGUACUGGGCAUCUCAUGGGCAUUUCCUCCAAAGAUGUGGUCCAGAUUAGCAACAUUUCCAUUGAGGCCCAAGACUUUGGUGAAUCUCUCUUGGAGCCGGGCAACACCUUUGUCUCUGCAUAUUUUGAUGGGGUGUUGGGCUUAGCGUACCCUAACUUGUCAGUGGUGGAAGCUGUUCCAGUCUUUGACAACAUGAUGAGACAGAAUUUGGUUGAACAGCCUGUGUUUUCCUUUUUUCUGAACAGAGAUGGUACCAAGGAUGGGGGUGAAUUGAUAUUUGGAGGCAUAGACCAUUCACUCUACAAUGGACCCAUAUAUUGGAUUCCUGUCAGUCGAAAAAUGUACUGGCAGAUUCCUCUUGAAAAUGUGAAAAUCCAGGGACAGAUCGCAGCAUGUAAAAAUGGUUGUGAAGCUAUUGUAGAUUCAGGAACCUCUCUUAUUACUGGUCCAUUACUAGAUAUUAAAAAACUACAAGCAAAAAUUGGAGCUGUCCCCAGUUCUUCUGGAGAGUUCCUUGUGGACUGCAGAAGACUUUCCAGUCUGCCCUCAAUAAGCUUUACCAUUGGGCAGAAAGAAUUCACAUUAACACCAAAGCAAUAUACAAUUAAGGAAAAGAGCAGAUAUGAGACCUUGUGUUACAGUGGUUUCCAGUCGUUGGAUCUCAUCUCUAAUAAAGGACCAUUGUGGAUUCUAGGAGAUGUAUUUAUGUCAGCUUUUUACACUGUUUUUGAUCGUGGACAUGAUAGAGUUGGCUUUGCUAAAUCAGCUUGUAAAGGAAAGAGAAGAAAUCAACAGAAAUAGUAAAGCAGCCUAGGUAGAGAUAAUACUGAUAAUUUUGCCUUUUGUACAAUGAACAAGAAUUGCUUUAGAUAUGUGGGGAGAGAAGGGGGAGAAGGUAUAAAAGGAUUUAACUAUCUGGAGACCACUUUUACAGCUUGAUUCUGAUCUUUCUGAGGUGUAGCGACUUUUUCCAACCUAUUAACUGUCAGAUGUGGCAGGAGUAACAGGAUGCCUGAUUGGAGAUCUAUUUAUGAUUGAAACCUCAAUACUUGUUAUACAGCCAUAUUAGAAAUACCUGAAUAAAAUUUUCAAAAGUCAUAGAGCUGAGCCAUUUGGCUGAGCUAAUUUACAUUUAGUGCAGUGUUUCUCAACCUUGACAAUUUUAAGGCAU